AAAUUACAUUGUGAAGUUAUUAUGACCUCUACGAAUACGCAACAAACGGCCUACGAACCUAAUAUUGAGAAUACUUGCUGCAACAGACUGCACGAUUGCUGAUACUUUCCUCAGCUCCGCUAUAAAACCACUAUUGUGCUGAAACAGACAUCAGUCAAGUUAAGUGAACCAGCACAACAAUAUGGCAUUUGUUUUUAAGACACUAUCUCUCCUAGCGUCUCUAGCGCUGGCUUUAGGCGGCCAUGCUCCUGGUGGCUACUCCUACAACCGCUUCUCUGGACCAGUGAGCGGGAAGAUCAUUGAGGUCCAGGUCCCUGCCGCUGAAGGUAUACCGGCCCAGCAGCAUGCAGACUACGGGUACGACCACAAGCUGGGCAGAAUCCAUCCGGAGACGGCCAAGUAUGACAGACUGAAGACUGUGGAUUAUGUUGCGAAACCUGACUACCACUACGCGUACGGAGUACAAGAUCCUCACAGUGGCAACCAGCAGAACCACAAAGAGGAGCGAGAUGGUGAUGUGGUGAGAGGAGAGUACUCCCUGGUUGAACCUGAUGGUUCCCUCCGCGUGGUGAAAUAUACCGCUGACCCCAAGAAUGGAUUCCAGGCCACAGUCCACAAGCAGCCAGGCCAUGCGCCCGCGCAGGCGCCGCGCCCAUCCCACCACAGGCGACAUGAGGACGACGAUAGAGAUUACUAGUCUGUAGUGCUUGUUAGUGACUUUAUUUAUUUUAUACCG